AAGUGACGGAGCUGUGCUGUAAUUUGAGAGCAGACAUAUCCAAGGGAUAUCAUUAGCCAACCAAAGACAGCAUGCCUUCGCUAUCCAGAUGUUGAAGUAGCAGAAGAGACGGCCAAAGACACUACAAAACCGUUCCCCAAUCCAACUCUCUACUCCUUCAAGGCUGAAAACAUCCUCGGUAAAUUCAACAGCCAAGAAAAAAAAAACGAAAAAAACAACACACAGACAUUUCAUCCUGCAACCAUAGCUGUUCUUCUUCUUCUUGUUAUCCAGAGGAAUUAUUCUUAUCACAGAGGGCAUCAAGGGGGAAAUCAUCUUAAAACCUUAAAACCCUGUUUCCGUUUGUUUUACGCGUUUCGUUUUUUUUUUUUUGUUUUUUGGGUUUUUUUUUUUUUUUUGCAAACUUUACUGGAAAGCCUAUUGGUAUUUUGCAAGCAAAUCGUUAUUAAAUAUUUCGAAACGGUGUGUUUAUUGAAACUAAAACCCUGAUAAGGAUUAUACGCGUUUUAACAUAUAAAAGAAAUAACACACACACACAAACUAAAACUUUUGAUAUUUAGAUAAUUACAAAAAUGCUUGGCUUUAAGUUGUUGUUGGCUGCUGGUGUUUUUCUGUUGCCCGUAUGCUGUGAUUUUUACAAUGGCCCACUCUUCCCAGAAAUGUCAAACGGGACUCUGCACCACUACUUCGUCCCAGAUGGAAAUUAUGAGGAAAACGACGACCCGGAGACCUGCCAGAUGCUUUUUAAAAUGACCGACCACAGAAAGUGUGGAAUGGAGCAAGACCAGGACUCGGUGAUCCUAGACGACUUUACAAUCAUAAAGCGGCAGAUUGAGGAUGCCGGGCGGGUGCUGGAGGGAGUCGGAAAGAGCAUCUCGUACGAUUUGGACGGGGAAGAGAGCUACAGCAAUUACCUGAGGAGGGAGAUGUCACAGAUCGGGGAAGCAUUUACCAAUUCCGAGAAAUCUUUAAUCGAACUGGAAGUGAAGUUCAAACAGAGCCAGGAGAACGAGCUGAAAGAGGAGCAUCGCAUCAACGAUGACUUUUUGGACAUGAUAGUGCACACCCGCGGCGUCCUGUCAGGCACAUUGGAUACGUCAGUCGGGUUAAAGGAUAAACAUGAGCUCCUCUCUUUGAUCAUAAGGAGCCACGGGACAAGGUUAAGCAGACUCAAAAACGAGUAUGUGAAAGAGCUUUCUUAACGACAUGAUAAUAUAAUACACAUGUGCAAAAUAACACAGGUGCUAAGCAUGCGUCUAAGCAUGAAUGCAUGCAAAAGUGUUGCAACAUUGGUAUAGAAAACAUUUAACAUCAAUGCUUAGUCCCUUUAUGCGUCUGUCAAAAGUAGUGUACGGUUGCUAUAUUGCAAUCUUCUGCUCUAUCUCUAGGUUCAAUGCCAGAAUAAGACUUUCUUGAAGGUAAAAUGUUGUUAUUCUGCACCUUAGCUAAAGUGUUUGCUUUAACCCUUAUGCACCUGAUGUCAUACUAAAAAGAAGAAACAAGUUAUUUAUUGUGCUGCAGCCAGUUUUUUUUUUCUUGUGUUAAAAGUUAGAGAUGUGCUUAAUGCAGCCCUUUGUUUGGCUGAGUUUAUCUGUAAUAUGCAUGCAAGUUACUAUCUGAAAUACGAAUUUACCGUUUACUGCUAUCUGAGCACAUUCUAUCAGGUAACCCCUCCUAAAAUAAAUAUACUCCGGUGACAAGGCACGACUUUAAUUAUUUGUGUCAUUGGAAAAACACUUGUAAAACAUGAUCAUUCAGAAUGCUAUGCAUACGUUUCAGUAGAACAAUUGAGUACUGAACAGAUCACGGGGUACUAUAGCUGCAGUCCUGCAUGAGCAACAUGACCAUUGAGCAUUACUGCAAAGUAAAAAAGAAAUACAAAUUCAGCAUUAGUAUUGAAGUACUUUGGAGUAGAUUCAUUAAAAAAAGAAACAUUAAAAGGCAAUAGAAAAGUCCAGUAUUGUGUACACCAUUCUACAAACGUACUUAGUCUAUGUCUAGUAUUGCAUGCCAUUUCUAAUAUCCUGGUCCUACAUCUUAUACUAUAUAUUAAAAGGCCAUUGCUAAGUUAUUGUGAUUUCGUCCAAAUCUAAGUUGGUAUUCAAUGCUUUGCCCUGUGCUAAAUUGGAUUUGGUGUACAUCAAAGUCAGCUAUGUUUAUCUCCAGGGGUAUUUGGUACAUAUACUGCAGAUGUCUUCACCCAACCAAAACCUGAUUCAGAAGUACUUUGGCCCAUAUUCACAAAGCAUCUUCCAUCGUGCUUCAAUAACACGUGUUUUAUUUUUCUAAAAAAGAAAACAAAAUGUUGGUGUUACAAAGCUUAAAAAAAUUAAGUCAGGAUGCUAAUUUAAGAGCCUCUGCUAUGGCUGUUUCUAGCUUGUUACUUGUACAAAUAAAAUGUGGUAAGUGCUUUGUGAUCGUAAUCCACUAUCUUAGUAGGAAAAUAAAAACGUUUUGAUCUUAA